UGAGGGUCUGGGGAGAGCGGAUAUAGUGAAUGCGGGGUCCGGGGAGAGCGGAUAUAGUGAAUGAGGGGUUCGGGGAGAGCGGAUAUAGUGAAUGCGGGGUCCGGGGAGAGCGGAUAUAUGAAUGCGGGGUCCGGGGAGAGCGGAUAUAGUGAAUGCGGGGUCCGGAGAGAGCGGAUAUAGUGAAUGCAGGGUCCGGGCAGAGGGGAUAUAGUGAAUGCGGGGUCCGGGGAGAGCGGAUAUAGUGAAUGCGGGGUCCGGAGAGAGCGGAUAUAGUGAAUGCAGGCUCCGG